AUGGAUGCAUUUCGAGCCACGUAUGAACAUGUAAUCAGACCAGUCAACUCAGAGGAGUAUUGGAAAAAGACUGGUCUCUUGGCUCCAGAGCCACCCACCAUUAAGAGACCUCCUGGGCGCCCAACGAAGAAAAAGAGAAAACCUGAUCCUGUUGAGGAUUCACCAGAUGCAAUAAAGGGAAAAAGGACAUUCAUGGUCACUUGCCAAAAAUGUGGUCAGACUGAUCACAAUGCAAAGACAUGCAAGGGACCACCAAGGCCUAAACCACCCCUAAAGGUUAAGAAAAAUGGACAACCAACAGCAACGAAAAAUACUUCAUUUGCUCCACCAUCACAAGAUGAAGUCCAAGUCUCCCAAACAGCACCCCAACCAUUGCCACAGGAGCAGAUAACCAACAAUUCAAGCCAUGUUGCACCUCCAUCAACAUUUAGGCCUCCAAGACCUAAACAACCAAUUAGGAGGCCACAUUCUACUCCAGCACCUACCCCACCUUCUGCUCCAGCACCUUCUCCAAGACUAACCAUCUCCGCAGCACCACAGAGGCCUACCCAGUCAGCAUCACCUGAAACACUUGCUGCUACAAGUUCUGGCACAGCUUCAAGAAUCUUCAAGUUCAUGCCAACACCUGGACUAAGGCUUCCAAAAUAG